AUGGGAUUUUCAGUGAACUAUUUUAAUGUUUCUCUGAGCUUCGGCGCCGUGUGCCUGGUGCUUCUGUUAUUGCCGAACGGAAAUUUUUUGACACCGUUGAAUUUCCUCAGCAAUAUCGCGUGCACCGGUUUGCUGAGCUUAUUAUUCUACAACAUAUUCAGGUCGGACCUGAACAUCGGCUGCCAGACGCUCAUCUGUGGAAAUUGGACCGACGUGUUUCAAUAUUUUGGAAUACUUUUGUUCACUUUCAUACCUAUAGUACAGGUGCUUAAAAUCGAAGACGGAUCGAUUGUAAAGAAUGAUUUUGCCUGGCCAAAACUGUUGAACACGUCGAUGGUCAUAAUUACAAAUAUGUACAUUGCAAUCGGACUGUGUGGGUAUUUGGACCACCAAGAUGUCCCAAUAUUUGGUAUUCCAAUAUUGAAGUUCAUGCCAGCUAUCAGGUGCCGGACUAUUGUCAAAACAUGCGUCGCCGUAAAUGUUACGAUAUUUCACCGUGAACUGAAUGUCGAGCCCACACUAAUGUGGUUGUCGUCCAUCAAGGUGGAUAAAAGCGAUAAUAAAAUGGGGCGACCACCGUCUACCAGCAAAUACUCGCCGGCCAUGUUUGCGGGAUUGACUGCAUUUACGAAGAUGUUAUUCACCUUUUGUUCGUUUUUUGUCGCCAUUGCAGUAGCUUCACCGGCCACCAGCGGAUUCCAAGUGAUGGUGGCCCUCAUAGGAUACCUUGGUAACGCUUGCAAUAUGAUGAUAUACCCAUACAUUGUCGAGAUGUGCGUGACGUAUGCCCUCCAUGGGAUAUCCACCAGACGAUACUUGAUUUUCAAGGACCUGUGCUUGGUGCUUUUGGGCUUGUUGGUGUUCGCGUGCGGUACGUCCUUGCUCGUGGUGCGUAUAAUUCACGGCGGUGACUGA